CCUCAGCACUGACCGUGACUUCCAACUGAAGGUGUGGUCUACUCACCUGUCCUACGAAGCUUUGCUGGCUACCCAGAACUUCUUCCUGAUUGCACCAACGCGUGCGGAGCAAAAGCAUAGGUCCGUUCCUAGACGUUCCUGAGAAGCGCCCGCAUACGCAUGCAAGUAUCAUGAGCGUGAUGGAUGAACCGCCAACGGUCCCGCUCCGGUAUCACAUAGCGGGGUGCUCUGAGCACAGUGGGAAGUACGUGGCAGAGAACGUUCUCGAAGACAGUCCUCUCGACCAGACCAGUCGAUGGAGCGGCGCAUAUCAAUCGCCGAAUGUGAAGCAGUGGAUGCUCCUGCGUUUACAGGACGUAACCGUACUUAAAAGUAUCACCUUUGGAAAGUUCCACAAACCACAUCCAUGUAACAUGAAAGAGUUUAAGGUCUACGUUGGUAUGUCCGAGGACAGCAUGACCGAAGUUCUGCAUGCGGGCUUGAGGAACGACUCAACGAAGGAGACCUUCUCGAUACGACACUGUAAUAACGCCGGUGUCUGUUUCCCUACCCGAUAUGUAAAGGUCUUGCCCUUGUCCGCCCAUGGACAGAGCUUCCAUACAUCGAUAUGGCACAUUGCAAUGGCAGGCAUCAUCGACUCGGCUUUCGUCGAGCGAGUCAAAGCACAACAUGACGAAUAUCGUGAAGCCUCUGUAUUGCGCUAUGUUCUCAAGCACUUGCGUCAACGGCGAUUCUUGACUCCUUUCGCGGACAUCCUGUCUCGCUCCGGAGUCCAGUUCGAGCACCCCAUCGUCUCCUCGAUGUACGAGAGUAUCGUACUUAAGGGUGACUGGGCUACGGCCGAACAAAGCAUCCGUCAAGCCUCUUCCGCUGGACUCUUCGAUGCCUAUCGGCUCUCUUGCCAGCCUCAAGCACGGUGGACGCGGUUACACGGCACAGACGCUGACGGAGACAUCCCACGUCGACGGGGUGGUCACGCGAUGUGUAUGGAUGAACAGAACGGGUUAAUCUAUCUCCUAGGAGGGUGGGAUGGCCAACAGAACCUGGACGACCUCUGGGUGUACGACGUGCGCAAAGACACUUGGCGGAUGCUGAGCAUGGCGACGUCCCGAGAGAAAAACGGCCCUGGCCCGAGGGCGUGCCACAAGAUGGUUUUCGAUUCGAAGACAGGCGCUAUAUACGUCCUUGGAAGACUUGGUGAGGAUGCGCUGGAACACACUGACGCGAGGGCCGAUAUUAGCUCUACGACGGCAGCUCCUGCUCCGUCCACUAGUCCCCGACCCUCGGGUGGUACAGCGCCUCCUGCGGAAACGACGAGACAGGGCAAUGUGACUCCACUUCCGUGGACGGCAUACUGUUCGGAAUUCUAUCGCUACCAUACACGAGGAUUAGACGAAGGCAAGUGGGAUUUGCUCUCGUUCGAUACAUCGACAUCCGGCGGACCACCUCUCAUUUUCGAUCACCAGAUGGUCAUGGACUGCGAGGCACAGGUCAUCUAUAUCUCUGGCGGCCGUGUCGUGGAUGGAGACUGGGAACUCUGCAAAUAUUCGGGUCUGUACGCCUAUGACAUCCGCACUGGUUCAUGGCAGAUGCUGCAGACCUCCGACGCGAAUGGACCUAACACAGCGAUCACAGCGCGCUUCGGUCACUCUAUGGUACUAGAGCCGGGGACUCGUACCCUAUUGAUCUUCGGAGGGCAACGAGACGACAGGUACCUGUCCGAUAUGUUCGCCUACCAUAUUCCAAGUGGCACCGUCACAGAACUAUUCCCGAACUUCACAACUUCCGGUGGGCCCGACGCGUGUUUCACGCAGCGAGCCGUCAUCGAUCCCGAGUUGCGGGAGAUCUAUCUGUUUUGCGGACUGACUCGGAGUCCGCACGGCUCGUUGACGGUCCUCGAUAACGAGUCGCCGUACUGGAUCUAUCGCUACGAACGCCCAGAUCGUCCAGGGAGAUGGGCUACCAUUAAGCCCACUGACUCGUCUCCUGCCCCUGAGACAGACUCGGAAGCGGCAGGCCCGCAGCCGCGUUACGCCCAUCAGGUUGUCUACGACGCGAGCAGCAAGGUCGUGUACAUGCAUGGGGGCAACUCUGGUAUCAUCAGAGAUGACGGAAGCGGUGGGUUGCAUACAGACGCGGAGACAGGACGUGGACGGGCGAUUUUGGACGCGCUGGAUGUAUCGAAGGAGAACCGGCUGGACGACUUCUGGAAGAUGACACUCGAGCGACCCCCGGUGGAGGAUGUCACGCGUAGAGCGAUCUACGAGAUCCGCCAGCAGCAAUUCCGUGAGCUCUGCGAGGACGCACCAGCAGUCAAGGCGCUCGCCUUCUUACAGGCUGAAGUGUCGUCAGUGGUGAACCACGGCAGCACAGAGGAAGCCGAGGCAUUCCGAAGUCUUCUCUCGCACCUCCUCUCCUUGCCGCCUGGGGGAACACCACCCACGGCUAGGACGGCCGAAGCUAGCGCUACGCCUGCGAGCUCGUCCACAAGCACGCCUCUUCCCCGUCAGGACGAAGAGAUGACAGACUCGACGAGGACGGAGGAAUCGCAAAGUGCGAAGCAAGUCGCUGUCAUGUAUGACGAAGACUCGCAGGAAGCUACGGACGGCUCGCGACCUUCGCCAGCACGAUUCAAACAGCGCACCGAAGUGUUUGAACGGCUACUCGUGUUUGUCAACGCGGACGCAAAGCAGCCAGACAAGAGUCUGCUGGAGUUGAUCAACACCGAUGGUGUAGAAUGAGUGCUGACCUGACAAACGGGCUGUGAUAGAUAUGGGAGGGGCGUGCUUGCUACAUAGAUGAUUUACUACCUAUAAGAUGGUAUUUGGUGAAGUCGUUCCUACCUGUUUGAGUCCUCUGUCAUUAGAAGCUUGCCCUCGUACGCAACCCUCAACAGCGAUUACGCUCUGAGGGCCUUGAUGUGGCUAUGAUCGACCGAG